GGGGAUCUUGGCGGGGUGGGCAGUGGCGUCCGAAGAGGCUGGCGGCCCUUUAGGGGCUCUCAGGGUGGGGAGGACUCCUGCCCCCGGAGCGAAUGAGGGUUUUCAAGGCCAGCGCUCCUUGGCCCCGCAGCUGGGCUGCGCCAUUUCUGUUUCCCACGUCGCAGAAUUCCGCCAUUUUGUCCGUUUUUCUUGGGGGCGGGGGGGGGGGGAGCGCGUGUGACCCUGAGUUUUUCUUGCUGAGGUUUUCCACUUCUGUGCUGGCUACAUAAGCUUCCCUUAGGAAGUCGCUGUUUUUUUCCAUUCCACGUGGCUGGCAUUUUAUGCAACCUGCAAUAAAGAUACGGGGGAGGUAGAGGCAGGAUCUCAGGGUUUACCAAGAGUUAAGUGGGAGUGUGGAGUCUCUAGAUGAAUUACGGGGUUUCUGAGAACCACAUGGGUGCGGUCUUAGGAGACAGCAAGUGGGGCCUUUAGCCUCAGGAAUCAUUCGGACACGGUCCCUCCAAAUACCAGAGUUUUGUAUUCACCCCAUGCACGAGUUUCGGGAAACGUUACUUCUGAGCUAAUUGGUCCUUAAUUCAGGUCUUGGACAUCCAUUUCCCCAUCGCCGAGGAAGCCCGGCCCCGGGCAGCUAGCUGAUAGUCUAUGUCCCCACCAAGACCCAGCAAAAAUCCCCCCUGAGUUUCUCACUUCAGGCAGCCACCUGAAAAUCUGUCGAACUUCAUCCCAAGUGUUGCCCUGUCACAAGUGGAAGGAUUUUUUUUUUUUCCCUCCAUCACUGGCGCGCCCUCUUUUCGCCAUUUUCCAAUGUAUUCCUUUCUCAUCCCCCCCCCCUUUUUUUUUUUACUUGUUAAAAUCCUCACACGUGCGGGGAAAUACACAUAAGUUUAACAUUUUGCCAUGCAUGCUUUAUUUCUGCCUGGUGUUCUGAAAGCACGUUUUUAAUUUCAUCAGAAAUAAUGGGGUCUCCUGUGUGCUUUGUGUCUGUGGUUCCUGAGCCCUCUCCAAAAUGUCUUCCUCUGGUCUGUUCCAAAAUGGUUGCAGAAAAGGGUCUCUGCUCAUCGUGAGUGCUGCUUCUAUGUUAGGGUUAGGGUUUUUUCCCCCUAGGAUAGCUCCCUCCUCCUGCCACCCCGGUGGUUCCUCCAGAGUCAAACAGCGCCGCUGUCCCUGCCCUUGCUCCUGCCCAGCAGCACCCCUCCUGGCUUCCUGCUGCUCCUCGCAGGGGACAGCCAUCGUCAUGGCCGAGCGAGCCCUGGCCCCCACCCAGAUGGGGCGGGGGGACCGUUACUACACGUACACCGAGCUCCUGGCCAUCUCGCGGCGCUUCAAGCAGAACCCCAACGAGCUCAUGAUCACCUGGAUCCUGCGAGUGUAUGACCAGGGGGGCCCGGCCCUGUCCCUGAACUCUGGAGAGCUGGCGCUCCUGGGUGACCUGACCGGCGAUGCCAUCUUCAACUACCACUGCAAGACGCUGCGGGGUGGCUGCCAGACGCUGCUCACCUGGCUGCUGCUGGCCUGGCGCCAGCGCUGGGAGUCCUUCCUGCACUUUGAGGCCACCGAGCUCCCCUUCCGCCCCUGGACCACCAUGGAGGAGGGCAUCCAGCUGGUGCGUGAGCUGGGCAUGCUCGACUGGAUCUACCGCGAGCCGCCCUCACCCCCCGCGCCCGAGCAGGGGCCCUGGCCGGCGCCCGAGGACGUGCCCUUCACGCAGGGCCUCCAGCGGCGCCUGCUGACGGCCGCGCCCUCCGAGCUGCGGCUCUCACUGGUCAGCCUGCUGGUCAAGGGCAUGACGGUGCUGGAGGCGGUGAUGGAGAUCCAGACCAUCGCCGACGUGGGCCUGCUGUGGCGCCAGAGCCAGCCGGGCCGCGCCAAGCUCAUGUUGGGACCCAACCCGACGCGCAAGGACCUCACGGGCUGGCUGCUGAGCCAUGGCGUCCCCAAGGAGAGGGUGGACAAGCAGCCCACCAAGGUCCUCCUGGAGCUGUACAUCAAGGAGGCCAAGCGCAGCCGCGGCCACCCUGCCUACGUGCUGGGGGACGAGCAGCCCCCGCCUCCCCCCUACUCAGACCAGGCCUGUGGGGAGGAGCCGCCCGCACCCGUGCGCCAUGACUAGGCCCCCCCUGGGCACGGCCUCCCCGCUGCUACUCUGCGGGGUGGGUGGUGCUAGAUUCCAGGAGAGACAGUCCAUGCCUCCUGAGCACCCCCAGGGGGGACUGAGGGGUGGUUCAUUUGCCCUUUUCUGGACUCCCAGGCCUCUCUGAGUGCUUGAGGUGCCCUUGCCCCCUGGCACCCUAUCGGUGUCACCAGCCAGAGUGGUGGACGGAAGCCAGCCGGCCAGUAGCCCUGGGGUGCCUGUGCCCCCAUCCCCAGGGGCACAUCCCAUUACAUUUCAGUCUGUUACACUUCAGGCCCAUUGGCAUGGUGGGCGGGCACCCCCACCCUGCCCCACUGGCCCCCAAAGCACUACAGGCCAAGUGGGAUCUCCGCACAGCCCACAACUUGAAAGCACCUUGAAGUUUGUACCCUUUUUCUUAAGCUAUUUUUAAAUGCAAUGUUUUUACCUAAUAACUUAAGCAUGUACAACA